AUGUCUUCGUUUGCCAGUGCCUUCGUGCGUACCAGCCGCGCUGCUCUCCGUAGCAAUGGCGCCGCCAACCCCGUCCAGGCCGCAUGGGGCUCUCGCGGGGGUGCCUACAUGAGAAACUAUGCCACUGCUUUCGAGCGCAACAAGCCUCACGUCAACAUUGGUCCGUCGCCACGCUCUCUACUCGUCUCUAUACUCUCGCUGACUCUGCCCNNAGGUACCAUCGGUCACGUCGAUCACGGCAAGACCACCCUUACUGCCGCCAUCACCAAGCGCCAGGCCGAGAAGGGCUACGCCAACUUCCUCGACUACGCCUCCAUCGACAAGGCCCCCGAGGAGCGCAAGCGUGGUAUCACCAUCUCCACUGCUCACAUCGAGUACCAGACCGACAACCGCCACUAUGCCCACGUCGACUGCCCUGGUCACGCCGAUUACAUCAAGAACAUGAUUACUGGUGCUGCUUCCAUGGACGGUGCCAUCAUCGUUGUUGCCGCCUCCGACGGUCAGAUGCCCCAGACCAGAGAGCACUUGCUCCUCGCCCGUCAGGUCGGUAUCCAGAAGAUUGUCGUCUUCGUCAACAAGGUCGACGCCAUCGAGGACAAGGAGAUGCUUGAGCUCGUCGAGAUGGAGAUGCGUGAGCUUCUCAGCAGCUACGGCUUCGAGGGUGACGAGACUCCCAUCGUCAUGGGUUCCGCUCUGUGCGCCCUUGAGAACCGCUCGCCUGAGAUUGGUACCACCCAGAUCGACAACCUCAUGAACGCUGUUGACGAGUGGAUCCCUACUCCUCAGAGAGACCUCGAGAAGCCCUUCCUCAUGUCCGUUGAGGAUGUCUUCUCCAUUCCCGGUCGUGGUACCGUCGUUUCUGGCCGUGUCGAGCGUGGUCUUUUGAAGAAGGAUACCGAAAUCGAGCUUGUUGGCAAGAACAAGGUCCCCAUCAAGACCAAGGUUACCGACAUUGAGACCUUCAAGAAGUCCUGUGACGAGUCCCGCGCUGGUGACAACUCUGGUCUUCUGCUCCGUGGUAUCAAGCGUGAGGAUGUUACCCGUGGUAUGGUCGUUGUCAAGCCCGGCACCGUUACCUCCCACAAGAAGUUCCUUGUCUCCAUGUACGUCCUGACCAAGGAGGAAGGUGGUCGUCACACUGGCUUCCACGGAAACUACCGUCCCCAGAUCUUCAUCCGUACUGCUGGUAAGUCUUGA